AUGAUUGAAGACGUAGCGGUCUUUGAACAGGCCGCCAAGAAGUCGUGGCAGUCGUUUAGCACCAUGCGGCGCUUUGUGGACGAAGCCACGCGGUUGGAGAACACGAGCUGGCGGCUCUGGUUCAUGCAGGGGCGAUACCGCUCCAACGCGGGCGACGAGCUCGACGCGGGGGACACAAAGCACGGGACAGAAGAGCUGCGGCCGCUGUGUGUCUAUUGCGAGCUCCAUAGCGCCAGUUUGAGCUGCAACGGGUGCUGCCACGACGCGUACUGCGUGAGCUGCUUUAAGCUCAUCCACAAGAAGGGCAACUUGGCGACCCACACGGCUGUCAAGAUUCACACGCACAUGGAGAAACACGGCGGGAGUAGCAGUGGAGCGUCUACGAGUGCAGAUGACGCGGAUCUGUCCACGACGUCACAUCGGUCGACGAGGCAAAAGAGUGUGAAAAGCGACGAUGGAAAUGCGAGCAGUAGCGACACGGUGUGUUCGCUGCAGAAGGCUGGCGAGUUUAGCCCGAACAAGCCAUGGGAACUGCAGAUGGAUAUGCUGCUGCAACGGCUUAUGGUAAACAGUAUCCACAGCGAACUGGACGUCAGUGUGCACAAUAUCGAUGCGCGUAAGAAGCUGGACACUUCGGACUCGGAUGAUGACGACACGGCCCCGCUGCUUCGUAUAGGCACCACAAUCGAGUCUGAAGAAGACGCGACCAAGAAGUCAAACCAGGCCGUUGUAGCAGCUGCAGUUGCCGCCGCUGGCCGACACCGGGCGCAUUCGUUGACAUCUGAGGAGAAGCUCAAGAUACGCUCGCCUGUGGUGCCGAAUGGAAUGCACUCGUCACUCCAUCCCGAUGGAGAUGGCAACAUUCCGAAUCUCGCGCUGCCAACGAGUCCUUGUUUGGAAGAGCGACCACGCGCGAACAGUCGUCGCACGGACCCGCAUGUAUGCGCAAACUGUAGCGGCAACCACAUAACGGUAGAGUGUCCAUUGUUGGAAAGCGCGCUUUUCCCUUCGACACCUGCGGUAGCGUCUGGAGGGUCUGGCGUCGACACAGUGCUGCGGAAGUGUUAUACGACGAUUCACAACAGCAACAUGUCCAACAGCACGCACGCCUUCUUGGGCGACGAAGUGAGCGUUCACGGUGGCAAUUAUUUUGCGAGCAUGAAGCCAUCCGGCAACGCCUUGCAGCAGAUGGACCGGCCGUCACCAUUUGGGAUGAACGUGAUUGCCGAAGACAACUCGAUGGCUAAUGACGACAUUGCACCGAUCUUAGGAAAACUUGCGGUGCCGAAUGCAGGGGGUCGUGGUCACUCUUGGAGUGCUGACUCCUGGUUGUUAUCGUGCUUGGCAACUGAACUGCCUUUCGACGUGUUUGAGCAGCAGCGCGAGCUAGGAAGGGGAGACAAACAUCGUUCCUACUUCUCACCGGCAGCCGAUUCGACUAGAAUAGCUCGCACAGGUUGGGCUCACGUGAAAGUGCAAGGACGAAAAUGGUGCAAGCGCUACAUGUCUUUGUACCGCAAUAAUCUCUGGGAGUACUUGGAUGCGAACGAAUCGAGUCGUCCAGUGGGUCAUGCCAAUCUAUCGGAGGGAUCUGUGUAUUUGAAACAGCAAAGUACGGCUGGUUUUGUGCUGAAGUACAACAGCCGCUCAUCAGCAUUGUCGGAAUGCAACGAGGUGUGGCUUCAGUUCGAUUCCGAGACGGAUGCGGUGCAGUGGAGAGAGAUGAUAACGCGAGCAACUAAGCUGAACAUCGACGACCUGUUCGACCUCAGUCCAGAUAGUCCCACGGGAACAUCUAGAAAGAACUGUGAGCUGGGCAAAGGACGUUUUUCGGUUGUUCGCCGUGCACGCCGGAAACAACAAUGGGGCGGCUUGGAGGAUGUCGCUCUCAAGAUCAUCGAGAAGAAAACGUUUUGGGACCUGGUUGCUCGCGAUACCGAACGCGAAGACACGGUGGUGCGAGAAAUCUUGACGCAGAGUUUGCUGACGGUCCGAUCGGGCUCUUCGUACUGCCCCGUGAUUCGGCUUCAGUCGCUGUUCGAAACGCGCGAUUACUUGGUGAUGGAGAUGGAGCUAAUGAGAGACGGCGAUCUCCAUGAAGAGAUUGCACUGAAGAGUGCUGUGGACGAGACACGUGCUGCAUUCUUGAUUGCUAGUCUCGUACAGGCGAUUGCUUACUGUCAUCGGAAUGGCGUGGCCCAUCGAGAUGUGAAGCUCUCCAAUCUAGCGCUGGACUAUGGACGCACGACGGAUGGCAGAGAGUACUCGGUGAUAAAAGUAGCUGACUUUGGCAUGGCAGCGUUUAUCCAGCCAGACGGAAUGCUAAGGGGACGAUGCGGGACGCCUGGAUUCGUGGCACCAGAGAUCCUUUGCGCAGGCAAAGGUGAAGCCUACCCAUGCGGCGUGGAUAUGUUUUCUGCGGGCGUUGUGGCAUACACGAUGUUGUGCGGCUAUGAGCCUUUUUUCGGUGUGAAUGACGAGGAGCUCAUUCAGAUGAACAAGCGGGUGGACUACGAGUUUGAAGAACCGGAAUGGGCUAACAUUUCGGACGACGCAAAGGACAUGAUAUCUCGUAUGAUGGAAAAAGACCCGUAUCAGCGGGUGACGCCGAAGGAGGUGCUGAAGCAUCCGUUCUUGUACGAAGCGAACGGUGUGCUGGAGGAACUAUUCCGGGAGCAAGAACCGAUCACCCCGGCCCGACUGCUAUGA